CCCGGCGGCCGCGGCCUUUGUUUCUCGUUGCCUCCUUCUUUCCCGUUCCUUUCCUCUUCCUCCUUUUCUCUGCUUUCCCCCCGAGACCUAGUCUGGCGCUGUCGCCCGGGGCGGGGUGCCGUGGCGCGACCCCGGCUCAGUGCAGCCUCCGCCUCCCGGGUUCGAGCGAUGGCCCUCGACCCCCCGAGCCGCCGGGAUGACCGCGCGCGCCCCACGCCCGGCCGGCGACUGCGUUUUCAGUAGAUACAGUGUUGACGCAUUUGGCCAGGCUGGUCUCAAACUCCGACCGCGAGUGAUCCGCCCUCCUCGGCCUCUCGGACUGCUGGGAUGCCAGGCGUGAGCCGCCCGCCCGGCCUGACCUCGUUUUCUUCUGUCUGCGUUCCUAAUACUGUUUCCGUCUCUUUAAAUUUUAUAUAUGACUUAUAUUGUGGGUAUCCUGUAUCUGACAGUUUUCUCAGCCUUGUAGCUGUGUUCUGUCUCCAUGACAUUGAUGUCGUUCAUUGCUUUGCACCGCUGUGGCUUUGCUGAUGGACGAUACCCCCAGGCACACGGCCAAAUAGGUGCAUCAUGUGCAUCUAAUCCGAGAGUCUUGUGCUUCUGAUAAGGUGAAUGAGUAUUGUCAUCUUCCUCCUGAAUGACACUGCUUAGCAUGCCAGAGAGGAGGAGGGGGAAAGACAGCCCGAGGGCAGCAGUCAAUACAGCACCUGAGUUCCCAGAUCUUGCCCGCUGCCCUGGAAAGCCCAAGACUCAGGCAAUGGCAGCCUUGUUCCUGUCUGCUCCACCCCAGCAGCCCCUGUCAUUCCAGGCCGAGGUGACCUUUGAGGACGUGGCUGUGCUCCUCUCCCGGGAGGAAUGGGGCCGCCUGGGCCCUGCUCAAAGGGGCCUCUACAGGGAUGUGAUGCUGGAGACCUACGGGAACUUAGUCUCACUGGGGGUAGGACCUGCAGGCCCCAAGCCUGGAGUGAUCUCACAGUUGGAGCGAGGGGAUGAGCCCUGGGUCCUGGAUGUGCAGGGCACUUCUGGGAGAGAGUACCUGAGAGUCAACAGCCCAGCUCUUGGGACCAGCACUGAGUACAAGGAGUUGACUUCACGGGAGACAUUUGACAAGGAAGAACUGGGCCAACUGAAGGGGACUUUUCCCCAGGGAUCUGAGCCAGUAGAUGGCUCUAAUCAUGCCAGGAAGCCAGAGGGGAGCCUGGAAAAGCUAGUGGAGCAAACCAAGCCAGUCACACUGACCAAAGGGGAGAGCAGCAGAGAAUCUGGAGAAAGCCUCAGGUUGGUGUCAAGACCUGUUCCUGACCAGAGACCCCACAAAUGUGAUAUAUGUGAGCAAAGUUUUGAACAGAGGUCAUAUCUCAACAAUCAUAAGCGUGUACACAGGUCAAAAAAAACAAAUACAAUUCGUGAUUCUGGGGAAAUCUUCAGGGCAAACUUAGUUGUUAAAGAAGAUCAGAAAAUUGCUACUGGGAAAAAAUUGCAUUAUUGUAGUUACUGUGGGAAAACAUUCAGGUACAGUGCCAACCUUGUCAAGCAUCAGCGGCUUCACACUGAAGAGAAGCCCUACAAAUGUGAUGAGUGUGGAAAAGCCUUCAGCCAGAGCUGUGAGUUCAUCAAUCACCGAAGGAUGCACUCAGGAGAGAUUCCCUAUCGGUGUGAUGAAUGUGGGAAGACAUUCAAUCGGAGGCCCAACCUCAUGAAGCAUCAAAGGAUUCACACCGGGGAGAAACCCUACAAGUGUGGUGAGUGUGGGAAACACUUCAGUGCCUACUCUUCCCUUAUUUACCACCAGAGAAUCCACACUGGAGAGAAACCCUAUAAAUGUAAUGACUGUGGGAAAGCCUUCAGCGAUGGCUCAAUCCUCAUCCGACAUCGUCGGACUCACACUGGAGAGAAGCCAUUUGAGUGUAAGGAAUGUGGCAAAGGCUUUACACAAAGCUCUAACCUCAUCCAACAUCAGAGAAUUCAUACUGGAGAGAAACCCUAUAAAUGUAAUGAAUGUGAGAAAGCUUUCAUUCAAAAAACCAAACUUGUUGAACACCAGAGAAGCCACACUGGAGAGAAGCCCUAUGAAUGUAAUGACUGUGGCAAAGUUUUCAGCCAGAGCACACAUCUCAUCCAGCAUCAGAGAAUCCACACAGGAGAGAAGCCCUACAAGUGCAGUGAGUGUGGGAAGGCCUUCCACAACAGUUCCAGACUCAUUCACCACCAAAGGUCACACCACGGAGAGAAACCUUACAAAUGCAGUGAUUGCAAGAAAGCCUUCAGCCAGAGCACUUACUUGAUUCAGCACCGGAGGAUCCACACUGGAGAGAAACCCUACAAGUGCAGUGAGUGUGGGAAGGCCUUCCGGCACAGUUCCAACAUGUGUCAGCAUCAGAGGAUUCACCUUCGGGAGGACUUCUCCAUGUAACAGGAGCAGUGUCUGAGGGCAGAGUCCAGUUGAGUACUUCCUGCAUGCGCCCCCAGCACCUGACCCUGCCCUUUGUUGAUUAUCCACACAAUGUUUUCACAGGGUGAAAGAGCAUUUCUAAUUAAAGAAACCCCUUUUCUUAAAUCAAAA